AUGGAAGAGGAAGUCGCUGCUCUCGUCAUUGACAAUGGCUCGGGUAUGUGCAAGGCCGGUUUCGCCGGUGACGAUGCCCCUCGAGCUGUCUUCCCCUCCAUUGUCGGUCGUCCCCGUCACCAUGGUAUCAUGAUUGGUAUGGGUCAGAAGGACUCCUACGUCGGUGAUGAGGCACAGUCCAAGCGUGGUAUCCUUACCCUCCGCUACCCCAUUGAGCACGGUGUUGUCACCAACUGGGACGACAUGGAGAAGAUUUGGCACCACACUUUCUACAACGAGCUCCGUGUGGCCCCCGAGGAGCACCCCAUCCUCCUGACUGAGGCUCCCAUCAACCCCAAGUCCAACCGUGAGAAGAUGACCCAGAUUGUCUUCGAGACCUUCAACGCCCCCGCCUUCUACGUCUCCAUCCAGGCCGUCCUGUCCCUGUACGCCUCCGGUCGUACCACUGGUAUCGUCCUCGACUCCGGUGAUGGUGUUACCCACGUUGUCCCCAUCUACGAGGGUUUCUCCCUGCCCCACGCCAUCUCCCGUAUCGACAUGGCUGGUCGUGACUUGACCGACUACCUCAUGAAGAUCCUGGCUGAGCGCGGCUACACCUUCUCCACCACUGCCGAGCGUGAAAUCGUCCGUGACAUCAAGGAGAAGCUCUGCUACGUCGCUCUCGACUUUGAGCAGGAGAUCCAGACCGCUUCUCAGAGCUCCAGCCUCGAGAAGUCCUAUGAGCUGCCUGACGGUCAGGUCAUCACCAUUGGCAACGAGCGCUUCCGUGCUCCCGAGGCUCUGUUCCAGCCCAACGUUCUGGGUCUCGAGUCUGGCGGUAUCCACGUUACCACCUUCAACUCCAUCAUGAAGUGUGAUGUUGAUGUCCGUAAGGAUCUGUACGGCAACAUUGUCAUGUCUGGUGGUACCACCAUGUACCCCGGUAUCUCCGACCGUAUGCAGAAGGAGAUCACUGCUCUUGCUCCUUCUUCCAUGAAGGUCAAGAUCAUUGCUCCCCCGAGCGCAAGUACUCCGUCUGGAUCGGUGGUUCCAUUCUCGCCUCCCUGUCCACCUUCCAGCAGAUGUGGAUCUCCAAGCAGGAGUACGACGAGAGUGGUCCCUCCAUCGUUCACCGCAAGUGCUUCUAAGCUUCUACUUUUCUUUGUUCGAAGCUUUGAUCGUCGUCGCUCGUACUUUCCUGGUGUAUCAAAAGGCAGGAUGGAGGCACUGGUGGAUCGCAAGCGUUGUUGGACUCGCAUUAUCAAGCGGAUAGCCUGA